UUGAUCAGCGCGUCCAAGAACGCCAGCUUGGAUGCGGUAAGCCACCGGGAGAACGAGGAAGAUGAAGUGAAUGCAACAGGGCGAGAUAAGCUGAGAACGCUAGCGCGAACAGAAAAUCUUUCAAGUAUUUGCAAGGUGCAGCUUGCAGAGUGCGCCUUUGGAGGUUUUCGUUCAGGAUCAAAUACGGAUGUAGAGACUAGUGAGAACACCCUAAAACGUCAAGGCACAAUGACUGAUAUGGUCCUUUGGACUCCACUGCACAUCGCAGCAGAGAAUGGCCACUCAGAGGUUGUAGAACACCUGCUCGAAGUGGGCGCUGAUGUGAAUGCGACUGAUGAGCGAAAGGUAUUCUAUUCCGAUCCCUCCCUGUGA